GCGUUCUGCUCUAGUGAGUACAGUCAACACCUGGAUGGCAUCAAGAAAUGCACAGCACUACCCAAAGAAUUCACGACAUGGUUCUGUGGAUACUCUUACCCAUCACUCUGGCCUUCAUAUCAUUCGUAGGAACGUGGUCGGUAUAUGGCAUAGCUCACUGGAACAACCACGUGUGCUCCCUCAGUGACUGGAGCGGUGAAAAUUACUGCUCUGGAAACAACACAGUCAACUGCUGUUUCGCCCCCACUAUAAGUUCAAGCGGAACACAUGCACCGGAAAACUCACUUUUCACAGCGACCAUCAACGCUGGGUCAUUUCUGUUCCUGCUCUUCUGCAUUCUCCACCAUUCCCACGUGAUCGAGAAGCACGGAGGUCUGUCUGUGAUGAGCAGGAUGGCGGCGGUGCUGGGGGUGGUGGCCUCACUGGGAGCCUUCAUUGCCGCGAACUGUAAUCCGUACCACCUGGCCCUGCUGCACAACUUGGGCGCUGCUGUUAGCUUCGUGUGCAUCUGCUUCUACACCGUCCUGCUCACCGAACUCACAAAAAAAAGCCAGCUCUCCGGGCUUGAGACCUACCUGUACCCAUACCGCAUUGUGGCCACCAUCAUCCAGGCCAUCGUCACCAUCUGCUACACCAUUAUGUUUGCGCAGGAGGAAUACUUCUAUCGGCACUUGUCGGCCAUCUUUGAGUGGAUGCUGGGCGCAAACCUGCAGUUGUUCGAGCUCUCCUACGUCGCAGAGUUCUAUUACUUCUCCUCGUACAUGAUCUCCAACCUGCUGGGCAAGAGGGAGGAGCAAAAACCUCUCAUGUUGACCCUCUCCUGAUGGCCCCCCCAAACCAGACUCACAAAUGGACAGAGACAAUGGAGGGACGGGCCGUGGCUGGACCAACAAUAAAGUUUUUCUAUUUAUUAACUGGACUAAAGUUUUUGAGCGAGACCUCCUUCAGAUCAGAGUUUCACACUGGGAAAACAGAUGGUCAGGCUUAUCACACGGUCAGGACUAAAUCCGGACUACAUUAGCACUAAACUGGGCUCAAACCAGGACUAAACCAGAACAUAGGCUGGGUGAUAUUAUGCUUUUUUGACCCCUCCUAUUGGUCAGCCUCCAAUCACAGUUACCAUAUGUAUUAGACUGGCUGACCCGGUUCUGUUGUAUUCUCACAUUUCACCACUAGAUGCUGUCUAUGUUACUGCUGUCUGAGUGUCAGCUUUGGCCUGACAAAUCAGAGAGCACAUGGGUGAGGUAAGGGGGGAACAGGAUUCACAUCUGCCAUCUACUGGUGCGGGUGGUCGAAAAUGAGAUUUUGGCUCUAAAACAAAUGGUGAAAUAGUUUUUCAGCAUAUCUUCCACCCAACCAUUACAGGUGUGAACGCUGCCUAAUAUAAUGUGCCACUAAUACAAUUUAGUAUUCCAUGCAGUAUUCCAUUUUAAAACUGGAAAAAUGUUUGGUUUUGGCAGUUGAAUGAAUUGUACACAACUGUCUAUACAAUUCAAAACUUGGAAACGUACUACUAUGAAUCUAAACAAGGAUCUACUUGCUCUGAUGUAGAAUCAUUACUCAUCAUGCUCAGACCACGUCGAGCUGUUUCUGCAUAUGAAGAGCUGACCAACCAAUUUUACUUUAAUUUGUGUUUUGCUCUGAAUGUGAGGACUGGACUAAACUGAGGCUAAACCAGGACUAAAUCCAUUCUACACCACUGUGUCUAGAGUACACCAGAACCUAAGCAUUCUCAAACUAAGACUAAACCAGUCUAGUAAAGGAACCGCAAGUGCCAGACUAAAGAGCUACAUGUUGUUCUAAAUAGGUAACAGAUGCAUGGACUAGACCAUCUCAGACUCAAGACAAUUUAAGAUUAAAUGAAACUGAUGCAGAUGUUUAAAAGGUGUUCAGUUCUGAAGGAGGUCUCAAGCAUCUACAAUGGUACUGUUGAUUUCUGCUUUCUACUUAUUUAUUAACCCACACAAUGUCAGUACAUGUCAGGUGUCAACAGAACAAUGCAAACCGACAGUGUCAAAGUGCAUUUCAAAUGCAAAGCCAAAGACUGUACUUUAAAAGACUCUUUAUAAACUAUGAAAUACUUCUCAUGCUUUUGCACUUUAAUAAAAAUAAUAAACGUA